AUGAGCACACCAACACCGCCGUAUGCAUUGCUACGCAACAUCGUCGCCUCCGCGAGAUCAAGCUCCGUCAUAAUCCACCCAUCCGCGACCCGGUGUCGACCUUCAUUCUCAAGGUUAUACCCUCCAGCCAAGGACUUAUGGAUCAGCAAGAGGCAAUGGAGUUCUUCAGCAUGGAGGGCUGCAUCUACACCAGGACGUGAUGAUCCCGAAGCCAAAGACGACGAGACGAAAGCUGCCGAGCCUCAAAAGCCAGAUGAGAGGUUCUACAUGCCACCACCGCCCGAGCAUAUCCAGCAAAGAAUCGAUGCAGCUAUUCUUGAUGCCGCAAGAGCCUCCCGGCCCACUCCUCCUCCACGUGAACCGGUACCCGAGGUGAAGCCUGCGCCUGUAGUGGAGGAGCAACCUGCUGAACCAGCUCCUACAACCACUACCCCGGAAACAUUGGAACAAACACCAAAGGAAGAUUCCCUUGAAGAGGAGCGCCCAAAGACAGAAGCAGAGGUCGUUGCCGAAAAGGUUGUGAAAGAGGAAGCAAAGGCUGAAGAGGCACUGCCUUCAAAACAUCAAGAGCAGAGAUGGCACUUGUCAAAGCGUGUACAAGAACGUAUGGACGAAUUGCUCGCGAAAGCCGCAGUCGUCAGUCACAAAGUCAACAACUACACCGGUACUGACUACUCUGGCAUUGAACGCCUACGUCGCGACAUUAUCGACCAAGAACAAAUAGUCAAGGCCGCCCACGCCGAGGUCAACGCCGCAAAGGUCGCAUACACAACAUCCUACAGUCAGCAAGCCGCUUCGCAAAAGGAGGUUGUUGGCCUUCUCGAACGCAAACACUCAUGGGCAGCCGCCGAUCUCGAACGCUACAUGUCUCUCAUCCGCUCCGAACACCUGAACGAACAAGCCGUGCAGGCCGCGAAAGAGCACCUUGCCAACGCCGAACGCGAUCUCGAGGACGCUAGAGCAAAGCUGGAGAAAAAGGAACGCAAGCAAUAUCACGAAGAGCAGAUUUGGAGUGACACGAUCCGUCGCAACAGUACCUGGGUGACAUUUGGUCUUAUGGGUCUAAAUAUUUUCUUGCUACUGGCCAACUUGAUCAUCUUCGAGCCUUGGAGAAGAAGAAGGAUUGUCAGAGAAAUCAAAACUGCUCUUGAUGAGAAGACGACUAUGACACCAUCCUUGGCUUCUGCUGUCGAGGCCGAAGUUGACAAGGCCAUCGAGCCUGUUGGACAACCUUUGGAGAAGAUUGAAGAGCAAGUCGUCAAAACCAUGGAGGCAACUGCAGAAGUCAAGCACGAGACGACCACUGAGGUUGUCCCUGACGUACAGCCCGAAGCCAUGGCCGAGAGCGAAGUAGCGGUCGGCGAGACAACACUCGCAGCUGGACAGGUUUUGCCAGAAGAAGCUGUUGAAAUCAACGGUCCGAGUGUAGAGGUUACCGAGACUGCAGAAAACCUAGUCGAUGAGCCGAUCCAACGAUCGGAACCCGAGAACUGGGAAGAGAGACUUGCCCUCUGGAAGGAAAUCUUGUCUGCCAAGUUGGCCCUUUACAAAGCCAAGCUACAAGAUCUGUUUUCCGACCGUCAAGUCACAGUCAAAAGAAUCGACGUGACGACGAUAGCGCUCGAGGGUGCUGCAGCUGGUGUGGCAGUAGUCGGACUCCUGUGGGCGCUGCUCAACGCUCGAUCAUGA